AGCUCCAGGACCCAUGGCCUUCCACUUAAAGGAUCUGCUCCACCCUGGCUGCUGGACAUGAAGUAUUUAUCUCCAUUGUUGCUGGCUUAUGAAGACCGGCUCACUGAGAAAGAUGCUCUCCUACAGGCCUCGGAGGAGGAGUUGAGAAGGUUCCGGGUCCGUGUGGAGGAGGUGGUGCAGGAGAACCAGAAACUACACCAGGACCUGAAACAGACAGGAGGAGUCAGCCACAAGGAGUGGAGGCAGCUCCAGGAGCAGGCCCGUCUGGUACUUCAGGAGAACCAGGUCCUGAUAGAGCAGCUGGAGGUGCAGCAUACUAAGGCUAAGGACAGUCAUGGGAGACAUUUGACUGAAGUCUCUAAGGUGUGUAAGCAGCUGAUGUUGCUGGAGGCAGAGAAGCAGCGGCUGGAGGGGGAGCUGGAGGUAACGAGGAGAGAGCUCCACACUCUGCAGACAGAUCACCUCCAGGCACGGUGCAGUCUGGAGAAUGCUGUCAGCUGGGACGAACACCACGCCAUCGCCACCAAACUCAAACGCCAACUGGAGGCUGAUUCAGGCCGUCAGCAGACUGAGCUAGAGGAGCUGCAGCAGAGAGUGACUGGUCUACAGACGGAGAAGAACAGUCUGCUGUUGGACAAGACCAACCUCGCUGCAGACAUCAAGAGUCUGGAGACUGACCUGGAGGUGUCUCGACAUGCUAACAGGAAGGCCCAGAGGCGUAUAGGCCUGUUGAAGCAACAAGUUGAUGACUCUCUAGAGAAGGAGAUGAGAGCCCAUCACUACCUGUCCUCUAUCGUAGCUCUGGCUGAGAAGACCACACAGGAGAGAGACCAGCUAGUAUACAUGGCCUCGUCCCUGGAGCAGGACAAGCAGGGGGUGAUCAGCAGGAUUGUGGAGGACACCGUGCGUCUCGGAAAGCUUCAAGAGAAGGUCAAGUCCCCGGCAACCAUCCCCGAGUCCCCGGCAACCAUCCCCGAGUCCCCGGCAACCAUCCCCGAGUCCCCGGCAACCAUCCCCGAGUCCCCGACAACCAUCCCCGAGCCCCCGACACUCUAA